AUGGAUCAUUUGUGUUCCUUUUCUCACUGGGAUAAUUGGGUAACAUGGAAAUGGAUGUCACUUCGAGUCAUUCCAUCUCAUGGGGAUAUAGCGUCUGGCUUAUCCUCUCUUGCCAAACGUAAGCUAGCUAAAUGGACUCCUCCCCUCCAAUUCUCAUUUAAAUUAAAUUUUGAUGGGGUUGCUAAGGGUAAUCCAGGUAAGUCGGGGAUUGGGGUUGUCCUCUUUGAUCAUAAUUAUAUGAUUGUUAAAGUUGUGGGUAAAUUUAUUGGUGUCGACUCUAACAAUUCUGCUGAAUUUCAUGCGUUAUCUUUUGGUCUUGAUCUUGCCAUCUCUUUGGGCAUUAAGGAUAUUAUCAUUGAAGGGGAUUCAAUGUUGAUCUUUCAUUCGGUCUCUGCUAAGAAAUGUGUUUCCUGGCACUUACAGUACCUGCUAGAUCGAAUUCUUGCACAAUUGAAGUGUUUUUCUACCUUUACUAUAUCUCAUUGUUAUAGGGAAAUAAAUGUUAUUGUAGAUUAUCUGGCUAACAAGGUUGUUGUCGAAUGUGCUGAGUAUCUGGAAGUCUCCCCUCGAGAUAUUCCUGCUUCUUGCAUUAGUAUCCUUUAUUAA